AAGUGUAGUCGACUUCCAAAAUCACGCUCGUCACGUUCUCACUGCCUUCGAUGGCUUCGUUGCUCUGCUUCUUUCUUGUGCUUCUGUGGCUGUGUAGCUGCUGAUAAAUACUCCAUCCCCUUCUUCUUCUUCUUCUUUUUGUUUUACUUUUUAUCAUUGCUUUUCAUUAAUGUUGGUCGCGAAGCAGAGCAGACACUUUUUAGUUUGUUUCGCACUACCAUGAAUCGCAUCCUUUAUGGUGCUCUACAAUCCACCAGCAUCAGUCGUGGGGAAAUUUGCUUUUGUUUAUGGGGAUACACUAAGGCAAACGAAAAGUCUAUUCGUUUAUUUAUUGUUGUUUAAGGCAAGCCCAAUCCAAAGUUCACAAUUUUUUUUCUUUGUUUCAAAAUUCACUCAGGGGAUUCUUUCUUUUUCAUUGAAUGGCUGGUUUGGUUUCUUUGCCUGGUGAGACCCAAUUCAUUCAAAGUGUUUGUAGCAUUGUAAUCAAGGGUCAUUGGAACAAGCUGUUCAAUCCCAAGACGGGUUUUUGUUUCAAUUCAACAGCCAUCCAGCAAGUUCUCCUUCAACUCUCUCGUUAUGGCUAUGUUUCUCUUUCUUGGGAUUUCUUCAAAUGGGUUGAAUCGAUACCCAAUUCCAAUUACAAGCACUCCUUGCAGUGCUCUUGGACCAUGAUUCACAUACUCACCAAGCACAGGCAUUUCAGAUCUGCACAAGAACUGCUUGAAAAAAUUUCCCUUAAGGAUUUCUUGUCUUCUUCGUCGGUUCUGAAUGUUUUGGUCAGUACCCACGAUGAUUUGGAUGCAAAUUCACAGAUUUUGAGCUGGCUUUUGAUAUUUUAUGCGAAUAUGAAGAUGACCCAGGAUGCAAUUCAGGUUUUUGAGCACAUGAGGUUACAUGGGUUUAAGCCUCAUUUGCAUGCUUGUACGGUUCUUUUGAAUUCUUUGGUUAAGGAUAGGUUGACUGAUAUGGUAUGGAAAGUUUACAAGAAGAUGGUUAAAAUUGGGGUUGUUCCGAAUAUUCACAUAUACAAUGUGUUGAUUCAUGCCUGUAGCAAGUCUGGGGAUGCAGAGAAGGCUGAAGGUUUAGUUAGUGAGAUGGAAUCGAAGUGUGUUUUUCCUGAUCUUUUCACAUAUAAUACAUUAAUCUCACUGUAUUGCAAAAAGGGUAUGCACUAUGAAGCUUUAUCUGUUCAAGAUAGAAUGGAAAGAACAGGAGUAAAUCCUGAUAUUGUUACUUAUAAUUCCCUAAUUUAUGGAUUUUGUAGAGAAGGAAAGAUGAGAGAAGCUGUAAGGCUUUUCCGAGAAAUCAAAGGUGCCAAACCUAAUCAUGUAACAUACACCACUUUAAUAGAUGGAUAUUGUAGAGUGAACGACCUUGAAGAAGCUUUGAGGUUGCGUGAGGUUAUGGAGGCCAAGGGCCUGUUCCUUGGAGUUGUUACCUAUAAUUCAAUUCUCCGCAUGUUGUGUAAAGAAGGCAGGAUAAGAGAUGCAAAUAAACUUUUGAAUGAGAUGAGUGAAAGGCAAAUUGAACCUGACAAUGUCACUUGUAACACAUUGAUAAAUGCUUAUUGCAAGAUAGGUGAUAUGGUAUCUGCCUUGAAGGUGAAGAACAAAAUGCUCGAGGCUGGAUUAAAACUCGACCAGUUCACGUACAAAGCACUGAUUCAUGGAUUCUGCAAGCUGCAGGAGAUGGAUAGCGCCAAAGAGGUUUUAUUUUCCAUGCUUGAUGCUGGAUUUUCCCCUAAUUAUUCCAUAUAUUCAUGGAUUGUAGAUGGUUAUUGCAACCAAGAGAAUGAGGAUGCAGUAAUAAGGCUCCUAGAUGAAUUUGUGAAAAGAGGUCUUUGUGUUGAGGUUUCACUGUACAGGGCACUAAUAAGAAGGUUAUGUAAAAGAGAAAGGCUUGAUUGUGCUGAAAAAAUAUUCAAGCUUAUGCAGGGGAAAAAAUUAUUAGGAGAUAGUGUCAUAUACACCAGUCUGGCUUAUGCUUACAUGAAAGCAGGGAAGUCAAGUGUUGCUACAGUGAUGUUAGAUGAAAUGUAUAAUAGGAGGUUGCUGAUAACACGUAAGAUAUAUGAAUGUUUCAAUGCUUCUUAUGCUAGUGAUUAUGAUAUUAUACGCGUCUUUUGGGAUCAUGUCAUCGAGAGGGGCCUGAUGUCAAAAGGUAUCAUCAACAAAAUGCAGCAGUCAUGAAACAACAUGGAAGACAUUGCAGAAUCGAUGUUUUACUUUCCUCAAGCAACACAAUUUCCCUAAACUCCCUUUUCAAUAUGUUGCUUACACAGAUACAAUGUUCCAAAUUUGGUAGUUUAUCAGUCAAAUAUCAAAUUUGGAAACAAUCUUUUGACAUGCU